GAUCUAGUGGAGAAACUACAAUGCAAGAAGUUUUGCAAUGUGUUUCGGGAAUUGGAUCGGUGUAGCCGGUGGGUGUACCGAUGGCGCAAUUUGUCUGAGUCCUGCCUGUUCCUGAACAUCUACUUGCUUCGAUUUGUUGCUGUGACUGAUGUACGAUUUCGCAAGUUGCUUUCGUUCUACGGCAAUGGCCGUCAACACUUUUGGUACGACCGCGUCAGCAGCAACAAACUGGAAGCUGCAAUCCGGAAGCUUUGUGUCACGCAGACUAUGCCGUCCGCGUACAGGUCCUGGGGUCGGGGUGUGACGCGUGCGCAGACUGCAACGAUGGCUGUCAAGAAUUUGCGGCAGGUCAUGCAGAAGGCGGGUUUGUUGCGCGAAAAAGAAUUGCCUGCCCAUGUCGCAGUGGGUCAUGCAG